AUGCGAGCACAUUGCGACAAAGAUUGGCCGUUUCCAAAAGAUUUUAUAAUAGGAUCAGCUUCCUCCGCAUAUCAGAUAGAAGGAGGAUGGAAUACAAGUGGCAAAGGUGAAAAUAACUGGGAUUGGUAUACACAUAAUAAACCAUGGUUGAUUGCUGAUGGAAGCAAUGGAGAUGUCGCCUGUGAUUCUUUUUAUAAAUACAAGGAAGAUGUUGCGAUUCUGAAAGACAUUGGCUUCGACUUCUACCGAUUUUCAAUAAGCUGGUCCCGAAUAUUUCCCACUGGUUUCUCCAAUGAGACUAGUAAAGAGGGUAUUCAAUAUUACCAUGAUCUUAUUGAUGAACUUCGGUCAAAAGGAAUUGAGCCAUUUGUCACCAUCUACCACUGGGAUCAUCCUCAGAUUUUAGAAAAAAUGGGAGGAUGGGUGAACGAACUGAUGGUGGAUUUCUUCACCGAUUUUGCUAGACUUGUAUUCCAAGAAUUUGGUCCCAAAGUCAGAUACUUUGCGACCAUUAAUGAGCCAAGUUUUUUUUGUUUUGGAGGAUAUGGGGGAGCAGUUACAGCUCCUGCAUGGAAUUUGACUCUGAAUGCAGAAUAUCUGUGUAUGCAUAAUGCACUAAAAGCUCAUGCCAAGGCCUAUCACAUGUAUGACGAGGAAUUUCGUUCAACUCAGAAUGGCAAAAUUGGUAUUGUAUUGACAUGUCAAUACUUUUUCGGUCAAGAUAAGAAUGACACUGUAACGCCAGAUAUAGCCUUUCAAUAUGAUUGUGGCUGGACGGCCCACCCAAUUUUUUCAAAACUUGGUGAUUAUCCAAAAAUUAUGAGGAAACGAAUUGACGAGAACAGCAGAAUUCAAGGCUGGCCUCGUUCAAGGUUACCUACAUUCACACAAAAAGAAAUUGAAUAUAUCAGAGGUACUGCAGAUUAUUUUGGAUUAAAUCACUACACAUCACAUAUAGCCGUGCCCGUUAAAAGGGGUACUGGUGAAGUAUGGGAAAAUGAUCGAGGCUUUCACCAAGCAGUAGAUCCUAAAUGGCCUGUAUCUGCAGCUUCUUGGCUGAUGAUGGUACCUGAAGGAUUUGGAAACAUUCUUCGGCGGAUAACAAAGGAAUAUGGAAACCUACCAAUUUAUGUUACCGAAAAUGGAUACGCAGAUCAUGGAAGUCUAAACGACCAUGAGCGACUAAAAUAUUAUUAUGCCUACCUGAAGGAAAUGUUAGUAGCUAUAAAUGAUGGAUGUAACGUUAAAGGCUAUACGGCUUGGAGUUUUUUAGAUGAUUUUGAGUGGCGAGGUGGCUACACAACACUAUUCGGGAUUGUACAUGUCGACUUUAAUGAUCCAGGAAGAAAAAGAACUUAUAAAAAAUCCGCUAAAUGGUACAAAGAUUUGCUCAAGUGUCGCAAACUUAUUCCUGUGCAUAAUUACACAAACAAUAAUUAA